CCUACUACAGCUUCGGGCAGACAGUGUGAGCCCAAAAUCAGCCUCAAAUCUUACUAUAUAUAAAAUAAAAUAAAAUAAAUAAAUAAUGCAUGGUACAUCCACUGUGAUAAAGCAUUAAAGGGAAGACAAAGACAAGACCAAAUUUCAUACCUAGCUCUCUUUUUCAUCACUGCCCCUUGAGAAGAACCCAAGCCCUAUCUGCCUCUGCCUCAUCUUUUCAAUCUUUUUCCUCUUACCCUUUUGCUUCAAAAAGACGAAGACCAAGUUUGAAGCACAGUAGUGGUUGCUGCAUUGAAAUGAAUCAAGAAAUGAGUGGGGUUGAUGAGACGGAGAGCUACCAAGAGAGUGUGGCGGAGAAGAUAGAUUAUGUGUUCAAGGUGGUGGUGAUCGGAGACUCGGCGGUGGGGAAGAGUCAGCUCCUCUCCAGGUUUGCUAAGAACGAGUUCUGCAUUGACUCCAAGUCAACUAUUGGGGUUGAGUUCCAAACCAGGACUGUCACCAUUAAGGGCAAAGUCAUCAAGGCCCAGAUCUGGGAUACUGCUGGCCAAGAAAGGUACCGGGCCGUGACAAGUGCGUACUAUAGGGGAGCACUAGGGGCCAUGCUGGUGUACGACAUUACCAAGAGGCCCAGCUUUGAUCAUGUGGCAAGGUGGGUGGAGGAGCUCCGGGCCCACGCCGAUAAUUCCAUCGUGAUCACACUGAUUGGGAACAAAGCAGAUCUUGUGGACCUGAGGGCCGUGCCCACGGAAGAUGCUAUUGAGUUUGCAGAGAAUCAGGGCCUCUUCUUCUCUGAGACAUCGGCCCUCAGCGGCGACAACGUGGACACUGCGUUUUUCAGGCUACUCGAGGAAAUUUACGGUGUGGUUUCUAAAAAGACUUUGGAACGUGGCAUUGCAAAAUCCAACGGUGGUGAUGCCGCGGUGCUCAAAGGAUCCAAGAUUGAUAUUAUUUCGGGGGCUGAAUUGGAAAUUAGUGAGAUGAAGAAAUUGUCUGCAUGCUCUUGUUAGAAAGAAAGAAAAUCAUGAAUUUGAGCUAUUUAUUUAUAUCUUUAUGUUCUUGUUGAAAGAACUUAGAAGCAUCCUUCUAGGUUUUAAUAGAAUAUACAAAUUUGAAUAUGAUUGAAUUUGGUAUA